ACGACGGUGCAUCCUUGCUCCUGGAGUGAUGGAGAGAUGGAGAUAACUUUUGGAUCGUUCACUGUCGAUGCCGAAAUCGCGAUAACGCGAUUAUACACGCGACGUACGCGAUCAGUUUCACGUGAGAUUCACUUCCGCGAACGCUUCUCUUUCUUUCCCCGUGAAAUGGUACUCGAUCCUGGAGUUUCCGGAUUCGCCAAACGAUUUCAACGAUUUGAACGCGAGCCGAGAUAUGACGCGUUCUGCCACCGACGAGCUACUGAUCGAAGACGGUCAACUCGGCGUGAAUUUUCGCGACCACCGGCCACGACGAUAAUCGACAUUAAGUAUCGAUUGUCGAGUGUCGCGUUGGGCGCGAAUCGAAUCGCUCGGCGACGCUCGGAUCUCGGGGGGUCGGGGUCGGGGUCGGAGACGACGUUGGUUAGCUCGGCGAGCGCGUGAAUCGUGAAUGGCCUUUAUUCUGGUGGUGCUGUCCGUUUCUACUUCGGCCGUGCGCGCUGUGACUCUUCCACCCACGUGUUUGUAGUCGAAACGAACGAUCGGGAGUCAGCA